AUGCACGGAGGCAGUUCCGGACACAAGCACCGCUCGUCGGCGCGCAGCAGAGCCAAGAGCCAAUCCCGAAUCGGCGCUCUGCAGCUAUGCACCUGGAUGCCAGAGGGCGACUGUACUUGGAGGAGCACUGAAUGGCAAUGCAAGGCUCAAGUCGGCUCCGGAUCUCUGGUCUCUCUGUCGGAUGCCGAAUCACAUACGCUAGCGCUCAUCUCCCUUGAGAGGAUUAAUCAAUUUCAAGGCUUCAAGAUUCCCAGCCUACCCAGAGAUGAGGAUCUCGCACCGAAGGGAAAAUCUCGCAGGAAGCCCACGGCUCUGCUCAGAAGAAAGUCUGCGACGACUAGUUUCAUCGAGAUGUCUAGCCGCCUAGCCAACGAGAUAGCAAGUGAAGAAAAAUGCUGCUUCGCGGUCCCCUUAACAAAGCUCAUCAAUCGGGACGCGAAGCUACACGGUGUCAGCACCAUCCAGGCCGACGUCGACUCCUUGCACGAAUUGACGUACAGUAUGCGCUUCAAGGGUGUACUCGACGAAGAUCAAGAAGAGGAUCCGAGCCCUGAAAGGCGACAUUCGAAGGACGAGUCCUGGGAGGCCGAUUCGGACGAGGCUCCGUCGAAGAAGGGAGGUAAUAGCGGGUCGAAUCGGGAACGAACCCAGAGCGCAGACCUAGGAGCAUCGGCGAUGUCGUCGAGUCUUCUUGCGGUGCAGAAAUUAGCGUCGGCUAAGACGGUGCCGUCGGUUCGAGCCGUGACCUCGUCUACAUAUAGUCUUCAUGUCUCCGAUGAGCGCACUGGACCGCGAGUUCCGCGGAUCGUGAACUCUUGUCUCAAGUAUCUCUACAAGUAUGGCCCUACAACGGUGGGGGUUUUUCGGGUAUCGAGCUCAAAACGGAGGGUUCGUCAGCUCAGAGAACUGUUCGAUUCGGGAUCGGAACAAGUGGAGAAACUGCUAGGCGUCAACGCAGACCCCAGUCUAGACAGCAGUGAUAGCGGAGAUGAAUCGAGGUGGGACGAUUCGACCUGGCCGAAAGAGUGGGAGAGUUGGCCGCGCAGCGGUGGAGGUGCUCACGACGUCGCGCAGAUACUGAAGGAGUUCUUCCGGGAUCUCCCUGAACCUUUGAUGACCAGGCAAUUGUAUUCUGCUUUCCUUCAUACGUUGAGACUGCCACGGGAGAGUCAACUUACGUCUGUCGUGCAUUUGAUUCGCUUACUGCCCUCCGCCAACCGCGACGUGCUCUGGGCUUUAUUGAGAUUGCUCCGAAAUAUUUGCACCCAUUCGACCAAUAAAGACGAUUCGCUGCAAGGCAACAAGAUGGAUGCCAAUAAUCUGGCGACAGUUCUUGGUCCGAAUAUCCUCCGAACCAAUCCUACACCGAGUGUUGCCACCGGUCCCAAGAGUUAUUUUGUCGAGAAACUCGAGCGAGCCGAGGAACGGAGUGAUGUCAUCCUCGUUGUCAGGUACCUGAUCGAGAACUUCGAGCGCUUGUUCUCGGUCUCCGCGCAAGACAUGGACGCGAUGUACCGCAGGAUGCUGGUCGAAGAACCGCAGCGAUUGGAAAGUCUUUUCACGGAUCGCUUCUUGUCGAGCAACUGCGACGCCCCUCCGAGACUGUCAAGCCGACGCCUGUCACGCGAUGAGGUUUUCACGCCUCAGGAGGGUAAUCAAGAACGCGAGCGAGGACGAAAAGGUAUUCUCCGGCGUGCCACGGAAAAGACCGACUAUAGAGAGCUGUCUCGAUAUCGUCAAUCGUCAGCCGAGAGUACGACGUCGAUGAAGAUCAAAGGACGACUCAACUCGUCAAGCUCGAAAGACACAUCGCAGAGCUCACUGAACGAUUGGGAAAACCCGGCUGGUGUGGGAGGACUGAGCGGUGUUCGUGGAGGCGGAGCACUCAACGCUAAUCAUUGGGAUCAGUCCCAGUUCUCAGCUUUCGUCGGAGCGACUCAAACUCCGCCGAGCAUCACGGUCACACUUUCCAAGGAGAAAAAAGCGAGAUCGAAGUCAAAAAGCAAGAGCAAAAACGAGACAGUAGCGGCGGAGCCUCGCGAACAACGUUCAUUCGCCUUGAAAAAAUCCAAGUCGGCUUCCGCCCUGCUAUCCGGAAUAUUAUUUGGCAGUUUCCGGAGAGAUUCCGAUACAUCGCCGUCACCCUCGAUGGACGAGGACGAUUUCGCUGGAAGACGGGCGUCAAGCUCCUACACACAAUAUUCGUCUGGAAUGGCCGUCUGUCGUAGAGCGGACCUCAUUUCUUCGGAAUGUCGGAAACCCAGGGAGCGGUGA